UGAUGAUCUUACAUAGGAUCCCCAAUUAGUAUUUAAAUUCUUUAGUUAAUCGAAACUUCCACCUCAAAACUGGUACUUCCCCUCUUUGGUACACCACUUUAAACGUGGUGUAGACAGACCACAGAAAGCUGUGACUCAAAGACUACGUAGCUAUAAUUAAAAAUAGUUCAACACCUGGGUGAAUGUGGAUCUUUUUAUCUUUAAAUCGAUCCCAGUACAACUGUCCGCAACUCCAUCCAAUCCAUGCCAAAGGCACGCUUCUGUAGGCUGACCUGGUUAGCAUCUAGCAUCGUUUUGCUUUGUUCUGUUCGGAUUAUCAGCUGGCGAUUAGAAAAUUUCACACGGAAACCGAUCGAACGGGUGUUCGUGAACUUUGCAUUGGCAGAUGUUGAUUGGGAUUGGGAUUGGGAUUGGACCGAGGGGGAUCUAUUGGUACACCCAUAUCUAGCCACAGCUCGGCAGCACCUGUGGAAAGUUUUCCAAAUGUGAUUUACGAUGCCCUGAAGCCGCACGAACGGGUAUUAGUGACAGUGGCUCUGUCAGCACCAUCUCAUUAAGGCAUCAUUAUGAUGACUAAAUAGCUGGGAAAAUUGAUAAACCGUCGUCCAGCGCCCUCCGCCGGUAAUCAUGUUGUUUAUGUAAUGAGAAUACUGUUAUUGUUUUCGCAGGCGCUGGCGCUGGCGUGGGUGUGGGUGUUGAUUUUUCCUGCACUCUACAGUAGCACUCCACAUAUUAAUAAUCACUUAUCGGCCGACCAUAAAUUUAGCCCGAACAGCUCCUCGAAAUAGCCCGGCAGACGACAGGAAUGGAAAUAUUAAUGGGGCGCGACUGCGACUACGAGUGGGAGUGGAAAUGGGAGUGGGGGUGGUAGCUGGAAGGAGCACGCGUGACACGGAUUGCGCGGAGAUUACCGGGUAGAUCGCGGCUUAUCAGUUAUCAGCCAGGCCGGGCCGGGCCGGGCUGGGCUUUCAAUGUGGCAUAUAGAUCGGGGCGAGUCGGCGGAUCGGCCUCAGUCGCUGGCGGGUGCUUGAAAAUGUGAAAUCGUGCUCAAGAAUUCGGCUGAUGGUGGCGCGGUGCUGAGAACAGUCGCAUUCGAGGGUCCCAGAUCAAGUGACUCUGGCAAAAACAUCCGCCCCAACCGCGGUCGUGUCUGUGAUUAUAGAACCCAUCCAUCUAUCGAACCUAGAUUGUAGGCCGAGGCAGGGCAGGCGAAUAAAAUUUGAAAAUAAGCUCAAACCAAGUGUGCGCGAACUGCCAGUGAGUGCCAGUGAGUGCCAGUGCUGCUGAUAAACAGGGUUUAUCAAGGCAACGGCAACCUGUUAGCAGGGAAAACAAAGGGAGUUACGUGUACAAUCAGUUAAGUCUUAGGCCCACACACACACACGCACACACACACAUGCGAGGAGUAGAGGCAACGUACAGACUGUGCGCCAUUAGGAUCGCGUGCUCGUUCCGGACCAUCUCAGACGAAGCCGCGUUAGUCAUUGCCGGGCAAGUCCCGCUCAGGGAGCUGAUAAGGGAGAGGAAGGAGAUCCAUGAUGCCAUGACGGACAGUGCAGCCGAGGCACGCUCCAAAGCAGAAAUUAAGGACGCCGCCAGAAGGACCAGCAUAGACAGAUGGCAGACUCGAUGGGACCACUCACCCAAAGGCCGAUGGACCCACACCCUCAUCCCAAGCAUAGCAUGCUGGGUUGAAAGGAAGCACGGCCAGGUGGAUUUCUACCUUACCCAGGCACUGAGCGGACAUGGCUGCUUCCGCGGCUACCUCAAGCGCUUCGGCCACGAGACAGAGGACUGGUGCCCCGAGUGUGGCACAGGCAUAGAGGAGGACGCUCGCCACGUCCUCUUCGACUGCCACAGGUUUGACCUCGAGCGUCAGACAUUGGAGACAGUAGCAGGGUCUAGGGUCAGCACCGAGACUCUGGUGCCGCUGAUGCUGGCAGACCCGAAGGUGUGGGAUGCGGCCGCGGAGUUCGCCUCUAGCGUGAUGCGCACGCUUAGGUCCUUGGAGAGAAGGCGGAAGGAGCAGACGGAGUAGGAGUCCACGCCACUGCGAAGCAAUGCUUUGCGGCAGUACCGCAGUCCGCGGGGCCCCUAGUCCCAACACACUCUUGUCCGAUAAAUAUAAAUUGUAAAUAUUAUAGAGCAAAUAAAUAAGUAUAUGAAUAUAAAAA